AUGGACAUUGGAAACAGUUCCUUAGUCGCUGAGUUUAUCCUUGUGGGUUUAACCACAUAUUCAGAGAUCCAGCUGCCCCUCUUCUUCCUUUUCCUAGGAAUCUACAUUGUCACUGUUGCAGGAAACCUGGGCUUGGUCACCCUCAUAGGACUGAAUUCUCACCUUCAUGCUCCCAUGUACUACUUCCUCUUUAAUUUAUCCUUUAUUGAUCUCUGUUACUCUUCUGUCAUCACCCCAAAACUGUUGGUAAACUUUGUGUCAAAGAUGAACACCAUCUCCUAUGCAGGAUGCAUGACUCAGCUGUUUUUCUACUGCUUCUUUGUCAGUGCAGAGUGCUAUCUGUUGACAGUGAUGGCCUUUGAUCGCUAUGUGGCCAUUUGCAAGCCCCUGAAGUACACAGUCACCAUGUCUCCUCAGGUCUGUUCUCUGCUGGCUGUGAUUGUAUAUGUGGGGGCAUUUGUUGGUGCCUGGGCCCACACAGGAUGCAUGCUGCGAUUGAACUUCUGUGAUGCCAACACCAUCAACCAUUACAUGUGUGACAUCCUCCCCCUCCUGGAGCUCUCCUGCACCAGCACUCACAUCAAUGAAUUGGUAGUUCUCAUUGUGGUGGGCUUUGAUGUUAGUGUACCCACCCUCACCAUCAUUGUCUCUUACUCAUUUAUCCUCUCCAGCAUCCUCCGCAUCCGUUCCACUGAAGGAAGAUCCAAAGCCUUCAGCACUUGUAGCUCUCAUAUAAUUGUUAUUUCUAUUUUCUUUGGGUCAGGGGCAUUCAUGUAUCUUCAUCCUUCUUCUGUCUUGUCUAUGGACCAGGGUAAAGUGUCCACCGUCUUCUAUACCAUUGUGGUGCCCAUGCUCAAUCCUCUGAUCUACAGCUUCAGGAACAAGGAGGUUAAGGUUGCCCUGAAAAAAAACUUGAGUAGAAUAUCAUUUUCCUGA